GACCACCCAAUCAACCUCUCCGGAAAAACAUGUCGAGCACCCACUUCCUACGAUUACCACUACCAUCAAUCACCAAGCAAAUCUUCUCAAGAAGGAGUCUCUCCAGCAAGUUCAAACUAAGCCCAUUCUCGACUUGCAAUCAACCUUCUCAUCGGCCCUCAGCCUUCACCUCAAACCUUCAUCUCCAACGAUCACCUUCCAUCUCUUUCACCGGCAAUGCCAGACCGUCUUCAUAUUCGACACCUUACGAUCGAUGUCGCAUAGUAUUUUCCAGAUCGAACUCCAGUCUAUCAUCUAAUCCAGAACUACUUCUUUCACCACCGAUUAUCUCGAAACAUCUGAUAUUUAUCGCCGGACUGGUCUUCACCAUUGUGGUCGUAGGAGGAUACACCCGGCUGACCGAAUCAGGCUUAUCGAUCACCGAAUGGAAUCUAGUCAGUGGCAUCCUCCCACCCUUGAACGCCGAAGACUGGGAGAAAGAAUUUGCCAAGUACCGGGCGACGCCCGAAUUCAAGCUAUUGAAUCAUGCGAUCGGCCUGGAGGAGUUCAAGAAGAUAUUCUUCUGGGAAUGGGCCCAUCGAAUCAUGGGCCGAGUCAUCGGCCUAAGCUUCCUGCUACCGAUCCCGAUCUUUAUCCGAUAUGGGUUGAUCAGAACUAAGAAGACCGGAUGGUCCUUGGCCGGCAUCGGCGGGCUGAUCGGCUUACAGGGUGGUCUAGGGUGGUACAUGGUGCAGAGCGGCUUGGAUCAGAAAGAACUCGAUCAGAGAGACGGCGUUCCUCGGGUCUCUCAGUACCGCUUGGCCGCCCAUCUUCUCAUGGCUUUCACCGUUUAUUCAGCAUGCAUCAGACUCGCUGGUGGGCUCUGGCGAGACUGGAAAGUGGCCGUCCUAGACCGUCCCCUCUUCCAGCACCUCAAUCGUCACAAAAUCUCUUCUGCACUCGAGUCGAUUCAACUCUUGAACAAUAAACUUCCCACUCGUGCUCGCUUCUUCAUCGGCUCUCUUACUGGUCUCAUCUUCCUAACCGCUGGCUCUGGUGCAUUUGUUGCGGGUUUAGAUGCAGGACUAGUGUACAACACCUUCCCCAAAAUGGGCGACCGAUGGAUGCCACCGCAAGAAGAGUUAUUCUCAGAGCUUUACACGAAUCGGGGCAAGCAAGGCCCCCCAAAUGGCGAAGGAGGAAGAUCGAUAGUCGACCUGAGUUGGAUGCGGAACAUCUUUGAGAAUCCGACGACGGUUCAAUUCAACCACCGGGUCCUGGGCACACUGACGUUCAUCAGCAGUCUAAGCUGGGCGGUUUUUAUCGAGAAGAACAAGCAUCUCGUCCCUCGUUCGACCCUGAACCUCAGCAGACUCAUCGCACUUGUUGCCUCUAAUCAAGUCGGCCUUGGGAUCGCUACCUUGGUCUACUUGGUCCCAACUAACCUCGCUCUCCUCCAUCAGGCUAACUCCCUACUCCUGCUGUCCGUCAGUCUUUUCGCCGGACUCUCCCUCCGUCGACCUGGCGCUCUUGCCCUCAAAUCUGUAUAUAAACAUUCUCAAACUCUGCUUCAUAAACCUAAAACCAUCUGAGAUAUCCUCCUCCUUCUUCUUGCCCCCAUUGUGAUCACAUCCCUUGAUACCUUGUCAAGAAAAUCAGCAGCAAAGUUGCUUAAACAAAUGGCUAGUUCACAUCUUUUUGUACAACAAACAUACAUACACUGGCCUCACUUCGAAAUUAGACUUAGAUUUUACUUGCCAACUUACUGCUUCGUUUGCAUUUUGUUUUUCACCAAAAAAAACCCCCGCUUCAUACCCUUUCUUCCUCUAUUUGCUCCUUGAUAUUGCAUAUUCCAUUCAAAACCCCUACUCAAUUCUUAACUUCUAAACAUAAUGCAUAUACAUACAUCUCACAUCUGUAUUUUCUUUGAAAUGCAUGCACACUCUAGUUUUCCUUUGGGUUGUUUGUUCAGUUGUGACUUUUUUGAUUGAUUGGUCCAUCCUUUAAUCAAUUCGAUCACUAGCAUGUUGAUUUUUGUAUCUUGGAUGUGACCACAUGACUUUUGCAUUCGAAUGACCCCAAGUAAACUAAAAAAACAAAGGCUGUGGUGG